AGAUGAGAAUGCUGUACAUAUCAGGGCCAGGAACUCUGGGCCGGGCCCCUCCGGGGCUCACUGUACUGUAGGAAAUAAAUACAACUCUUACAAUUUUCUUGAAAACUGAAAGACACAUUUCUCUAGAAGUAAUCAGCCCCACAGUUGGUGCUACCCCCUUGGUAAGGUCUGGUAGGCUGUUGGGGUAGGGUCUUCCUCAAACUCCUCAGAACCUUGCAGGAUCCAUCCUUCCUUAUGAGAAAGUGUAGAUAUUGGUUGUCACAAAAAUCAUUACAAUAGAAUUGCCUUUUUCUCCUAUUUUCUUUUUCCUUCCCUCCUUCCUGCCUGCCUUCCUUUUUUGUUUGUUUUUCUUUUUCUUUUUCUUUUUUUUUUUUCCGGAGCUGAGGACUGAACCCCUUGUUUUUCUUUAUGUAGCCCUGGCUAUCCUGGAAUGUAGAGAUCCACCUGCCUCUGCCUCCUAAGUGCUGUGCUUAAAGGCAUGUGCCACCACUGCCCAGCAACACAUUGUCAUUCUUCAGAUGAAAAAAGAGAACAGUGUGGCUAGGUAGCUUACAUUAGAAGUGUCUGAGGUAGACACUGGUUAACUGGGUUUAUAGCUUUCAAUAAACAUUGAUUCUCCUCAUGGUAGAAGUGAAAAUAGGCAAGACAUGAAAGAGAAUGAUAGAAUUUCAUGCUUUGGAAAGGUUAAGUGGGAUCAAGUUGGGUCUUGAGGUUGGGAUCCGCAGCAGAGUCUGAGCUGGCUAAGGUCCCAGGCUAGUGUUCUUGAAGGUCUGUUUUGGUGCUCAGGGCCCCUGCUUUGGUAUUAAAAAGGAACAGAGCAGGUGUGUCAGGACAGUUGAUACCUCAUCAAAAUCCUAGGCCUGCCCUAGAUUACCUGUAUGACACAGUUUUUUUUUUUUUUACAGGAACCUACUUUUGUGUGGUGUGUUGGGGACCAGGGUGGGUGGUGGAGCAUGGCUCCUCAUAGUCAAUGGAGUGUCGUGGUACCUGAGCUGGUUUCUAGGCAAAGAUAAGACUUUAGAACUCAGAAUGAUAAUGUGGACAAGCAGAUCCCAGCCUCUGAAUCUCCCAGAGUGGUAGACACACUGCUCUGGAAUACAGACCUCUUAGCAGACUAUGAGACUUGACCACCAUCCUGCUCCUGCUCAUGGCCUUGACCUGGAGUGUCACAUCUGAGGUGGCAUCUUGAAGGUCUCCAGGUGAAGGUGUAGUACAGCCCUGGAAGCCAGCUAGAUACCUGGCAGGUAGCUGUUAUGUAAUAGCACCUGGUCUUUCAGAAGUUCUGAUGACUUCCAGUCUGGUACUCAAGGGGCAGCAGCCUGUGGGAGUAGCUUUAGGUCCCUUAUCUUGUUGAACUGAGGGGAUGAGUAGGGCCUCAUUCUAACCCCUAGUGCCUUAGCCCAGAACUGUGGUCUCCUCUGCAGUUUUUAGGAACACCAGCCCAGUAGAUACAGUGAUGCCAACUACUGCAAGUGAUUUUUCUAGUACCAUGAAAACUCAGUUUCAGUGUGGUCCUGUAUGGAAGCAGCUUCAAGCAGAAGGGGCUGCUGUCCUGUAUAGAGCCUCUGCAGGGAGUCCUGUGGUGAUGAAAUAUUAUGUAUCAAAUAAAGUUUGCCUGAGGAUCAGAGGACAGAGCCAGCCACUAGAUUAAACAUAGAGGCUAGGCAGUGGUGGCACACACCUUUAAUCCCAGCACUUGAGAUCUCAUACCUUUGCUACCAGUAUUUGGGAAGCACACAUGCCAUUAAUCCCAGCACUAGGCUGGGUGGAGAAAGGCAUAUAUAAGGCACAUGAGGAGACAGGAACUAGACCAUUCAGCUGAGGACUCAGAGGCAUUCAGUCUAAGGAUUCAUGGAGAUAGGAUCUUGCCUUCCAUUCAGCCUGAGAAUUCGGUAGUGAUGAGAAGUUUCUCUAGUGGCUUGUUCCUUUAUCUCUGAUCUUUCAGCAUUUACCCCAAUAUCUAGCACUGGGGUUUUAUUAAAAGGCCAAUUAGGAUUCGUGCAACAGAGUCCCUAGGAAUGGAGGGGCACAUCUAGGCUUCUCUGCACCUCUAUUCAUCUGUGUGCUGAUGCUAAGUUCCUUGUCCAGGUGUGACAGCCAAGGACAGCAGAGUUCUGAGGGGAGGAAGGGGACCUUAGAGUGGAGUGCUGACCAGUACCUCCAAGCUACCUGGCCUCAGGAAAGACCAUGUGUCAAAUCUCUUAUAGCCACAUCCUGCAAGGAAAAACCCAGACUCCUGUGAAGGCAGAGCCCAGACAAGGAUGUAUGUGUGGGUUCAGCAGCCCACAGCACUUCUGCUCCUGGGACUCACAUUUGGAGUUGCAGCCAGGCCCAACUGUGUUGAAGAUACCUACCCCAGUGGUCACAGGUGCUGUCAUGAGUGCCAGCCAGGCAAUGGUAUGGUGAGCCGCUGUGAUGGCACCAGGGACACUGUAUGCCACCCAUGUGAACCUGGCUUCUACAAUGAGGCAAUCAAUUAUGAAAACUGCAAGCAGUGUACACAGUGCAACCAACGAAGUGGGAGUGAACUCAAGCAGAAUUGCACACCUACUCAGGAUACUGUCUGCCAGUGCAGGCCAGGCACCCAACCUCGACAAGACAGCAGCCACAAGCCUGGAGUUGACUGUGUUCCCUGCCCUCCUGGCCACUUUUCUCCAGGCAACAACCAGGCCUGCAAGCCCUGGACCAAUUGUACCUUAUCUGGGAAGCAGACCCGACACCCAGCCAGUACCAGCUUGGACACAGUCUGUGAGGACAGAAGCAUCCCAGCCACACCACUCUGGGAGACCCAGAGCCCUAUAUCAAGGCCAACCACUGUCCAGUCCACCACAGUCUGGCCCAGGACUUCUCAGUUGCCCUCUACAUCCACCUUGGUGGCUCCUAGGGGCCCUGCAUUUGCUGGUUUCCUGGGCCUAGGCUUGGGCCUGCUGGCUCCCCUGACUGUUCUGCUGGCCUUGUACCUGCUCCGAAAGGCUUGGAGGUUGCCUGAUACUCCCAGACCGUACUGGGAAAACAGCUUCAGGAUCCCUAUCCAGGAGGAACAGACUGACACACACUUUACUCUGGCCAAGAUCUGAACAAUACCUCAGGAGUGGGUUUUAUGGAGCAUGGGCAACCCAUAUCCUGGUGCCUGCCAGUACCCUCCACACCGUUCUAGGUGCUGGGCUGGCUCUGGGCUCUCCUAUGUAUGCUAUGCAUACUACCUGCCUGGUGGUACCACCAAUAAACAUGCUAGCAACUCCACAUGAAUGGUGAGAAGUGUUUGAUGGUCCUUGGGCAUUGACUAGGUACUACCUUAGGAAUCUCUGGAAGUGAAUGGCCAUGGAUCCAUGUAGCAGCCAAUUAGCCAGCUGUGUUGGAAAACUGAAGGCUGCUACUUGAGCCAAAUCUCAUCUGUCCUGAGAUCAUGACAAGAACACAGACACUUUAUCUAAAACAGACUUGAGGACCCAGGGUCUUAUUGCUGCCCUCUACUGUUAAGGAGUUCCAGAAGCAGCAUCUGGAAGCACAGGUACCCAGAAGCUCAAUGAAUUAAAGUCAGAAGGUGCCAAGCUGCUCAUGGAAAUGGUCAAGCGGUUAUGCCUGAUCAUGUAAGUGAAAACAGAGAGCCCAGAUUGGUGUCAUGUGAUGCAUGUUAAGAGUCACUAGAUGGCUAAGCUUGGUGGCAUAUACUUUUAAUCCCAACACUGAGAAGGCAGAGGCAGGAGGAUCUCUGUGAGUUCAAGGCCAGUCUGAUCCACGUAGUGAGUUCCAGGUUGGCCAGAACUACAUAGUGAGACCAUGUUUUGAAAAAAAGAAAGAAAGAAAGAAGAAAG